AUGACAUUGAGCCAGUCCAGUAGUGUCACUCCUGCCCCGCUCGACUCCGCUUGGCCACCGGCCCACAUUUGGGAAACCAUGGGUGCGGCAGACAGUGCCAGUUGGCUAGGACAGAUACAGAGAGACAGGGCUAGGCGCCUUGAAUUAGAUGUAGCAGAGACCGAUCUCCGCCGCAGAAGGCCUCGUGCGGACCUGCAAGAUGACGAUACUAUCGAAGAAAACCGUGAGCCACCCCCCGAGGUUAAGCCACUCAUCGACAUAUUCCCGGGUGUCUCUGCCGCCCUUCUUACUCGCGUCUUCGAGAGGAAGUUGAAGGCGACUGAACUCAUACGCUUCAAAGAGAAGUCAGUCACCGAGCUAGAUCAGGAGGACAGAGUCUUCAAAAUGACCGAGUCGGGAGGCACAGUAGGCUUCAAAAAGGCAGCAGCGUCGCUUAAGGACUGGGGUCCUAACCCUCAAACAUGGACGUCCUGCUUUCUUGCCUAUCUGGCGGUUGUGGGAUAUCUCUUCGGCGAGAAACAUCCUAAGGCAGUCCCCAACUUACUCAUGUUUAUGAGGCAGAUCCUGGACUUCGCUCAGACUUAUCAGUGGUCGGAAGCAGUUCUUCCACUUGCCCUUAAUUUCCAUCAAUACAUACUGGAUAAAGGAGAGCUAUCGACGGAUAACUACCUAGUCACAGGCCUAUUCCGCGAGAAAUACCUCCGCCACAAUCUCACUCUACCUGCGAAGUCACCAACAAACCCCCCAACACGGCCUCGUCAAGCCAGGAAUACCAGAUCUUCGAAUAAUGAGACAGAGAUUUGCGAUAAGUUCAAUACGACAGGGUGCUCUUGGGAAGGCUGCAAGAGACGUCACGAGUGCACGGCAUGCGGCCUAGACGAGCAUGGCGCCUCCUCCUGCCGCAAGAAGAAGUACGUUGUUUUCAAUCCCGUAUCCCUAAGCCUCAUACCGCAGGGGCAACCACCUAGGCCAAACACUGCUGUUCAAUACCCCGUUUUCAACCCAGAGCUCCGAAGAUUACAGUCCUCUCCGUCACCACUGUAUACGAAAGGCUGGAGCAAUCUUUUACGUCACUAUCCAGGCGAUCUCGGGUCCACUAUCGCUGGCAUUCUGACCUUCGGUGCCCAGGUCGGCUAUAGGGGCAAUACGCAGUUUCGCUAUUCCUCUAACCAUCACAUACACGAACCUGGUCUGAUCACAGCUAAACUAACAGAGGACCUCAACCUCGGUCGUGUUAGACCAGCCUCUGGGCCCUCCUUCGUUUCACCGCUUAGGUUAGUCUCUAAGCACGACGGGGGAUGGCGCCGUAUCCAUGAUCUCUCUUGGCCCCCUGGACAAGGCCUUAACCAGGGCAUACCGGACUCCUGGUCAGCUAUCGAAUACAUGACAAUCGACGACGUCUACGAGCAAGUCAUACAAGCUGGCCCAGGUUGCAUAAUCAUCAAGAGGGAUAUCAAGGACGCCUUCCGAAUUGUCCCCAUUGCCGAGGAUAACCAGCAUCUGCUUGCCUUCCAGUGGAACAAUUCCACUUACGUCGAAUGCUAUCUCCCCUUUGGCCUCGCAACGGCCCCGUUUCUCUUCAACCUCUUCGCCGAGGCACUCCAUUGGAUACUCCAAUGCCUCCUACCUGCAUUCUAUAUCAAUCAUUACCUAGACGACUUCAUCACAAUUGCUCGGUCUCCUUCGCCGUCCGACCCUACGGGUCCCUUCGAUAAGAUUUACAACAGGGUCACCGACUACCUCAGUAUCCCCCGCAAUACAAAAAAGGACCAGCAAGGGACAUGCGUCACAGUCCUUGGUAUCCAGAUAGACUCUAUUGCAAUGGAAGCUCGCCUGCCGCCAGAAAAGUUGUGCCGCGCCACAUUGGACGCCGCAGCCGCCCUAAACGUAGCGAGUCUCACCCUUAAGCAAACAGAGCGCCUCACAGGCUUAUUGGCCUUCUGUUCACGAGUUGUUCGGCUAGGAAGAACAAGGCUACAGUCUCUAUACACCUUCCAAGCCGCUUUCCCACAUGGGAGUAGCGGGCGCCGCCGUAUCCCUUACGAGGUACGUGACGAUUUGGAAUGGUGGAGAAACUCCUUGUCUCUCUUCAAUGGCGUACUCCUAAUUGACCCCUGCCGCCGCUCCAUCACGCAUCUCUACACAGAUGCCUCAAAUACAGGCCAGGGGCUCUUCUACUUUUCUUCCAAGUCUACAUUAGACUGCUGGCUGGCCCAUUGUCACCAGCUUCAUCCAAGCAAUGCUGCCACAUUGGCCCUUGCUCAAGACGCACAUGCGCAUAUCAAUACCAACGAAGUAGACGCUAUUCUACAGGGCUUCCUACUCUUCAGCCACCAUUGGCUCCAUCACACUCUCGUUAUCCACACGGAUAGCUCCACGGCCCACACGGGACUGAAGAAAGGCUUCCUUCAUGGUCCGCCUAACGCACCUCUGAAGAGCCUACUUAUCCUAGCGGCGGCGAGAGACAUCCAUAUCGUGCCACACUGGCUACCUUCCGGGGAAAAUAAACUAGCAGAUGCGCUCUCACGACCUCUCGGUAUUGAACCGCCCGCGUGGUUCUCUUCACGAGCUCCUCAGCUCAAUACAGGCCACCUAAAACUACUCUGGAACGGACUCAGCGCCAAUACUCGUUCCGUUUACCUCUCCGUUCAGCGCAAUUACGAAAAGCACUGCGCGCUACAGAAUAUACCCGCAUGGCCAGUUUCAAGACAUUCUUUGACUUCAUGGUUAAGCGCACGACUCCUUGGUAACGCCAGCCAAAAGGCCGUCAAGCCUGACACCGCACUUGCCGACCUAGCCGCUCUCCGAGCCUAUCAUAUCGAUAACUUCCUUGACGAUAAACUCUUCAACAACAAGCAUUUUCGGCGUCUCAUAGACGGCGCGAGAAGACUUAACCCUACCACAAAAGUGCGGGCCAGAAAACCGAUUUCGCGUGACACUAUCACGAAACUAUCCGCGGGCCUCGCCACACUCCCGUUACGGCCCUUAGAAAUGCCUGCAAACCUUCUAGACGACCUGAACUUCGCAACCGCGUGCCGGGUAGCAUUUGCGGGGUUUCUCCGCCUCGGAGAAUUCACCUACAAGACUGAAGACCUCAGCACACGUUCUAUCUUCUCAGCCACAAAGUUAACGCGCUCCGACGUCAGAUUCUCGUCCUCGUUAGAUCACGCACAACUCACACUCAAGCGCAGUAAGACUGACCGCCGCCACGAAGGAGUGCAAAUUAUUCUUGCAAAGACGGGGGACGGGGCAUGCCCAGUUGAUGCGCUUCAGAAGCUGCUACUCCUCGACCCUAGAGGGCCCGACGCCCCAUUGUUCUCCUUCCACAGAAGACCAUUCAGUCGUAGCAACUUCCUCUCAACCUUGUCUACUAAGCUAAGAGCGCUCGGGAUACAGACAGACGGCUACUCGGGUCACAGCUUUCGGAAGGGCGCGGCUCAGCAUGCGCACGAUAGUGGGAUACUCGACGACCAGAUCCAGAUGCUAGGGAGGUGGACUUCGGAGGCGUUCAGGGUGUAUUUUACGACGAACGCGUCAGUCCUGUACAAGCUUAAUCGCCAGUUCCAGAUAGGCUCGCCGGCUCCGCUGUCUCUGCAGAUUCCACCACCGUCCCCUCCACCAUCCUAG